AUAAGGCUACGAGCCAGCUUCUGCUGGAGACAGACUGGGAAUCCAUCCUGCAGAUCUGUGACAUGAUCCGUCAGGGAGAUACCCAAGCAAAAUAUGCCGUCAAUGCUAUCAAGAAGAAAGUCAAUGACAAGAAUCCUCAUGUGGCACUCUACGCACUGGAGGUCAUGGAGUCAGUGGUUAAAAACUGCGGCCAAACGGUCCACGACGAGGUGGCCAAUAAACAGACUAUGGAGGAACUGAAGGAAAUACUCAAGAGGCAAGUGGAGACAAGUGUCCGCAGUAAGAUCCUGUACCUUAUCCAGGCCUGGGCUCACGCCUUCCGCAAUGAACCCAAGUACAAGGUGGUGCAGGACACCUAUCAGAUAAUGAAGGUUGAAGGUCACGUGUUCCCGGAGUUCAAAGAGAGCGAUGCCAUGUUUGCUGCAGAAAGGGCUCCAGACUGGGUCGAUGCUGAGGAGUGUCACAGAUGUCGGGUGCAGUUUGGCGUUGUGACACGGAAGCAUCAUUGCAGGGCCUGCGGGCAGAUCUUCUGUGGCAAAUGCUCCUCCAAGUAUUCCACCAUCCCCAAGUUCGGGAUUGAGAAGGAAGUGAGAGUCUGCGAGCCCUGUUACGAGCAUCUCAACAAGAAAGCUGAGGGGAAAGCUGCUGCCACCUCCGAACUGCCCCCCGAGUACCUGACCAGCCCCCUCUCCCAGCAGUCCCAGCUGCCUCCAAAGCGUGAUGAGACAGCUCUGCAAGAGGAGGAAGAGCUCCAGCUAGCUAUUGCCUUGUCUCAGUCGGAGGCCGAGGAGAAGGAGAGAAUGAGGCAGAAAACAACCUACUCCAUGUACCCAAAGGCUGAACCCACACCUGUCACGUCAUCGGCUCCCCCAGUCAGCACACUCUAUUCCCCACCCGUGAAUUCCUCUGCUCCCUUGGCUGAGGACAUUGACCCGGAGCUGGCUCGGUACCUGAACCGCAACUACUGGGAGAAGAAACAAGUGAAGAGCCCCACCCCGUCAGCACCUCUGUCCCUCACAGAGCCAGCUGCUCAGCCUGGGGAAGCCCACCCUGCCCCGCUCGGCGUUGUUGAGCAGCAGUACCAGAACGGCGAGUCUGAGGAGAACCACGAGCAGUUCCUGAAGGCGCUGCAGAAUGCGGUCACCACGUUUGUCAACCGCAUGAAGAGUAACCACAUGCGGGGCCGCAGCAUCACCAAUGACUCUGCCGUACUGUCCCUCUUCCAGUCCAUCAACAACAUGCACCCCCAGCUGCUGGAGCUGCUCAACCAGCUGGACGAGCGCAGGCUGUACUACGAAGGGCUGCAGGACAAACUGGCCCAGAUCCGGGAUGCGCGUGGGGCUCUGAAUGCGCUGCGGGAGGAGCAUCGGGAGAAGCUGCGCCGUGCAGCGGAGGAGGCAGAGCGCCAGCGCCAGAUCCAGCUGGCCCAGAAGCUGGAGAUCAUGAGGCAGAAGAAGCAGGAAUACCUGGAGAUGCAGCGUCAGUUGGCCAUCCAGCGACUGCAGGAGCAGGAGAAGGAGAGGCAGAUGCGCCUGGAACAGCAGAAGCAGACCAUCCAGAUGAGAGCCCAGAUGCCAGCCUUCUCGCUGCCAUAUGCCCAACUCCAGGCCAUGCCCACGGCCAGUGGGGUGAUCUACCAGCCCUCUGGGCCCACCAGCUUCCCUGGCACCUUCAGCCCGGCCGGCUCCGUGGAGGGCUCUCCCAUGCACAGCGUGUACAUGAACCAGGCAGCCCAAGGGGGCACAGGGCCGUACACCGCGAUGCCCGUCACAGGGACAGAUCCCAGCAUGGUGAACGCCUACAUGUACCAGCCGGGGGCAGGCAGCGGGCAGGCAGCUCAGCAGGGGCAGGCGGUGCCCACCACCACCCCUGCGUACUCGUCCUACCAGCCAACUCCAACGCAGGGCUACCAGGCAA